UAUUUCUCAAAGCGGAAGGAUAAAUAUCAUUGCAACAUUGCGGUCAAAACAUGCAAACUGCACGUAGCAAACAAAGUGUGGAAGAAAAUCUAGUGUUUUGAAACGUUUGAGGACGAGUUUUGUUUGUGUUUGAUGGCAACAUGGAGUCGUCAAGUGGAGGAUCGAGUGCAACGAGUGGAACGUCUAGUGGAGGAUCCAGUGGCGGAUCUAGCAGUAUUCCCAAGAUCAUGGUGUUCAGACCCACCAUGGAGGAGUUCAGCAACUUCCCAAAAUACAUGGAAUACAUUGAGUCACAGGGGGCUCACAAGGCGGGCCUGGCCAAGGUGAUUCCUCCCCCGGAGUGGAAGCCACGGAGGAAUGGCUAUGAUGAUGUCAACAUCACCAUCCCUGCCCCCAUCACACAGAUGGUGACCGGCUGUCAAGGGCUGUAUACACAGUUCAACAUUCAGAAGAAAUCACUGACUGUCAGAGAAUUCGAGAAACUUGCAAAUAGUGACAGGUACAAGACUCCUAAUCACUUUGACUAUGAGGAACUAGAGAGGAAGUACUGGAAGAAUGUCACGUUUGGAUCACCAAUAUAUGGCUCCGACAUUUCGGGUUCUCUCUAUGACGAAGAUCAAAAGCUGUGGAACAUUAAUAAACUUGGCACCAUCCUGGACUAUGUAGCUGGUGACUAUGGAAUCCACAUUGAGGGAGUCAACACUGCAUAUCUCUAUUUCGGCAUGUGGAAGACCACAUUUGCCUGGCAUACAGAGGAUAUGGAUCUGUACAGUAUAAACUAUGUACACUUUGGGGCCCCCAAGUCAUGGUAUUGCAUCCCACCUGAGCAUGGCCGCAGACUUGAGCGAUUGGCUCAAGGAUUCUUCCCAAGCAGCUUCCAGGCCUGUCCAGCCUUUCUACGUCACAAGAUGACACUAAUUUCCCCGCACAUUCUCAAGCAGUACUCCAUACCAUAUAACAAGAUUACACAAGAAGCAGGGGAGUUCAUGAUCACCUUUCCAUAUGGAUACCACUCGGGAUACAACCACGGCUUUAACUGUGCAGAGUCCACAAACUUUGCUACAGAGAGAUGGGUUGAAUAUGGAAAGAGAUGCUUGCAGUGUGUGUGUCGGAAGGAUGGGGUCAAAAUCAGCAUGGACACAUUUGUGAAGCGGUUUCAGCCAGAUCGAUAUGACCUGUGGAAGGCUGGCAAGGACAUUGCCCCACAUCCAGAGGAGGACAAGAGCAGGCUUUCCAAAUAUGAUUCAAGGAAAAUACAAGCUAACAGAGCAGGAACUGUUUGCACAAAACGUCACCCUGUAUCUAAACUGGAUGAUGUGAACAAACGUGGACGGAAGAAAAAGACUAACCCGGAGAAGGAAGAACAGGCUGAAGAGAAGUCUGGAAUUGUUGAUGUCAAGGUAGAAGAGAAGCCUGCCACCGUGGACGAAGAAGAAAAGAAGAAGAAAAAGAAGAGAAAGAAAAAAGACCCUCAGGAUCAAAAGAAUAAGUUCCUGGGUUUGUGGGGAGAUGAGGAUAUGACAGAAGAAAUGAAGGAGGAGUUAAAUAAACAGGAAAGAAAAAUGGAGGCUGAAGCUGCUGCUCGAAGGAAGAUAGAGUUUUAUCUUAAAGAUGUGAAGAAGCAAGAGGGUGAAGCCGAGGCACAGGCUGUCAAGAAAGGACCUACUUCGUUCCAGGCUGCAUUUGAGCAGUUAUUGAAUGAACCACCGAGUAGUAUGCCAGAAAGCCCGGAGCCAAUCACUAAGAAGAUGAAGAAACCAAGCCAGUCUCCAAGUUCGGAUGGAGAACCGCCAGCUAAAAAAAAGAAAGCUGGGCAGGCUGUUCAUUCUGUGAUUCCACUGGAUCAGAUCAAAGCUCUAACAGCUGCUGGUGACAAGAUAGGAUUCCUACAACAACUCAAUGACAUGGAGAGGAAGAAACUGCCCAAAAGUCAACUCCAGUCGUACCUUCAACAAGGAAAUAACAUAACAGAGCUCAGACACAAAAUAGAACAAAUAGCAGCUACUAACGAACAGUUCAACAAGACAAUUUCUGCUAGCUCCUCCUCCUCAUCACUACAUCAGGGAUCCUUAAUUCAGAACGGUCAUGAUGCAUACUCACUACCACAUCACACAGGUGCUUCCAACUGGUCAAGUCCUCCAUCUACAACUGGCAAUGUUGGGUCUGCUGGACUUGGCAGUCAGCAAACCCAUAAUGGGGUGCCGUCUGGAAUAAGGCCUAUAGAGGCUGUCUAUAAGAAAUCACAACAGAAACGAACACUUUCCAAUAUACACAAAAAGCCGGCCAAAGUUAUUCCACUUGCUAAUAUCUCACAUAUACUUGGUUGUCGAAGUAUUUCAGAAGUUGUUGGUAGUGGGGUUUCUGUACAAGCUGAUGUCCCCGACUUGAAGACUGUAUCUGUUUGUCAGACGUCAGUCCACAGCAGUGACAUGGUGUUUUCGUCCUCGCCCAGUAACAACAUGCAUUCAUCUCACCUUCAGCAACAGCUGCAACAACAUCAUGCACAGUCAUCACCACAACCACCUAAACUGCAACCAGUACAGAACCAACAGUGUCCACAAGACACCAUUCAUGAGCAUCCCCCUCAACUGUCACCCUCACAGCCACCGGUUCUGUCUCAGCAAGCUGGCUUAUCCCACCUAUCUCAGCAGCUCCUGCUGCAAAAGAUGAACCCUGAGGAACUUCUUCAGCAGUACCAGCUUAAGCAGCAGAAGAGCAAGUCUCAGCUGGAAAGGCAGCAGCAGCUUUUGCAGAGGAUCCAGGAACAGCAGCAGUCACCUUUGCUCAAGUCCCCAGCGUACAAAGAUUCCAAUAAAACAUAUCACCACCAGUCAGCUGUACAGAUGACAGCCAGUCAGUUGUUGGCUUCCAAUGGACAGACAAUGAAGUCUAGUGUUACAUCUCCAAAUCAGCAAUAUCCAGUCCUUCACAAGGCAGUGUCGCCUCAGCAGCAGAGUAGUACAUACACCGUCCAGAAUGUCAGUCCAUCACUGGCCUCACAGUACCACCCUCAGACCACUUUGUCUGAUGGUAAUAUGUAUCCCACUCAAUCUGCUGGAGUCACUGUGUCGGUACCUGUCAUGAAUCACUCACCUCCUAGAACCGCCAUGCAAACAACACAAGUAACACCUGUGUCCUUCUCUCCACAGCAGCUGUUGAAAGCAUUGUCUGCCCAGGCAGCACAACAGCAACAGGCAAAUGUUGUAAAUGUCCCUAAUAUGGGUGGACAACAAGGUCAGAAAUCGGUUCAAAGAAAUAUUGUCAGCCAGUCGCAACAAAUGUCAGGUGUUCAGCCAGUGACUAAUGUGCUUCGCGUUUUAUCUGGUGUCUCACAGCCACAAAUAGUGGCCAAAUCAGGCAAACAGCAGAAGUCCCUGCUGUCUCCAUCUCAAGCAGCUGCCAUCAAGCAGCAGCAGGCUCAGUUCAUACUCCAGGGAGUUUCGCAGAUUCACCCUACAGGUACUGCUGUGACAACCAAACACAGGACUGUUGUGGGGACUUCAAGCACAGUGCCACAGGCAACUAUGUUAAGGACACCUAAUCCACCAAUACUUGCUACCUCUCAUACUUCCAAUGUGAAAUCUGUGCCAGGAGUACACACUCAAGUGUCCUUGAACAAUAAAGCUGGUACCACAUUAAAUAUUCCCAGUGUGAUCCCCAGCAUCAGUGCUCAGCAGAGUGUCCAUCAGUCCUCAGCCCAGCAGCAGCAUGGAGCAAAGCAGGGCUCAUCAUUUACCACCAGCUACAUAUCUGCUAGCUCCACUCCUGGAACUACUGUGCUGUCUCCUGUCCAGAUCCAGAUACCUCAAGCUGAGGCAGUUUUACCAGGAUCAUAUGAGUCCCCUGCUGCAUUCCUUGCUAGUGCUAAUCCUGUACUCCCAAAUGAUGGAGGGAGUCUCUCCCUGCUUGCAGGAGCAUCCAUGCGGUCUACCUCAGAUGCCAUGUAUAACAUGCAACAUGAUGGAUCAACACUUAGCUUGCAUUCUGCUUCUCAAAGAGACAUAUCAAAUGUGAACUCUAUGUUAAAUGUUAGUAGUAUCCAUCAAACCAACUCCUCGAUGAGUUCAAGAUUCCCUUCUCAGCAGACUGGCGGUGUCGGUAGUUCCAUGUCCUCUUUCCUCUCAUCAUCGAACAGUGACUUCCAGUCACCUCCGAAACUAACUUGUGUCAAUAACCAAUUAUCGAAUAUAUCUCAUGGAGUUUCAGUGUCUGAGCUCUCUAGUAGAAGUUCCAUGCAUCAGCUCGUUCCCCAGCCUAUUGUCCCCGCAACACAGGUUUCACCAACCACCCACUCCUCAGAGCCUGUCAUGCCCACCCUGUCACCUCAGCUCCACAGCUAUGCUUUACCACCUUCCUCCACUAACACUGUAGCGAAGAGGAGCCUCCACUCAAGCUUGUCUCAGAUGCAGCCGUCUUCACUUGCUGGUUACAGUGGUGUUGGAGACCACAUGUAUAUGUCCCAGUUGCCCAUUGCUCGGUCAAGUGAUGAGUACACUUCUGGUGAUGACAGCCUGCUUGGGCGUGGUUUUUUUUGGAUGGACGAGGCGAUGGUAUUAUGCAGUCCCCAUUCUCAGGAUUCUUCCAGUGGUACUAAUGGUACUGAUUCCAUCGCAUCGUCUGACAGCUCGGAUACAACCAUUUGUACAAAGAAAACUAAUAAACAUAAAGCUAGUAAACCUAACAAUAAGCUAGAAUCACAGAAUGACACUCCACUAUCACUUACAUCGUUACUUUCAUCCAAGAAAGAGUCUGAUAUCAGUAAACCAACAAGAAAGAAGAACUCUUCUGUUCCUAAAACAGCCAACCCAGAAGAAUGUUCAGAGAGUUCAAGCGAUUCCAAGCCCCAAGCUACUGUGGCACUCACAGAGCCAUGGGCUGCACCCAUUCGAGCACUUUGGCAUGAACAACCCCUCAAUUUUGAAGCUGAGAAGAACUUCAACAAGUUUCUGUCCCACAGAACCCCACACUGUGCAAUAUGUGCAGUCUUCAAUCCUGUAGAGAACGAAUUCCAAGGACUAGAUUUUGCUGAUGUGUCCACUUUGAACAACAAAGUUAUGACCACGAUCCCUAACAGGUCCAAACCCCUUGUACCUGAGAUCUGUUUCUCAGCCAGCAGUAAUGACCCUAGUCCAUUUGCUAGCAACCCAAUCCUGGAGGCUGAUGGUCAAAGCCCUCUCCUUGUGUGUCACAAGUGCAACAUCUGUGUCCAUGCCAGCUGUUAUGGCGUUAUUGAAGUGAAUGCCGAGGAAGUUUGGCGUUGUUCACGAUUGUGUCAACCACAUAACACAGGCGGACUGUGGCUUGUGUUUCCUGCGAGGUGGUGCACUGAAGCCCACUACUGAUGGCCGCUGGGUACACAUUGCUUGUGCUCUCACCACCUCCGAGGUCAAGUUCCUUGAAAUCGAGAAAA